AUGGCCCUAGGGCGCCGUAAUGCGUCCAUUGCGUUUUUCAUCCUUUUUGUUGCCUGGCUUUCUCUGAUUACCUGGGCGCCCAUCUUUCGAUACCUCGUCUAUGCCUUUCUAACUGGGGCCGUGGCUGCCUCCGUGGUUGUGAUAGCGUUUAUAUCCUUGAGCUUCAAUCCUAAGAGUAAUGACCACGUCCGCCCAACAUUCAGCUCGUCGAACACGAUCCUCGUCACACCGCAAGCAUGGACGGAGGAGACCGCAUAUUUGUCAGAAGCCGCUCUCUAUAAACAAGACACCAUCUAUCCUCCGUCUUUCGUCACCUCCCAGGCUAUAGAUAGCUUACUCGACUGGGUCCUGCGGGAUUUCGUGACAUCUUGGUAUAACCAUAUUUCAAAGAGCCCCGCAUUUGUUAACGAGAUUGAUCGUUCUGCCCGAGCAGCCAUUAUUGAGAUCCAAAGACGAGUAUUUGAUAGAGAUGUCGUCGAGAUUGCAGUCUCUCGUGUGGUGCCUCUGGUCACGAAACACUUGCGAGAUUUCUACGAAGCAGAAAAAGCAGUGAGAGGAAUCAACCUCAGCCGCAAUGUCACAGAGUCCGAAGAGCUUGACCUGGCAAUCGCCGGAAAGUAUAGGGACGGCCAUCUGCAUGUUGCAGCUUCCCUAAAGCAUUCAGACCUGAAGACCGUACAGCAGGAACACCUGAGACGAAUUGUGGCACGAGUCCUGCCUGAAGUCCUGCCCGAAAAUAUGAUCAAAAGCCGAGCGGUAUCGGUCUUGAUAAAAGAAAUCAUGUCCUGCGCAGUCCUCGCGCCCCUAAUGCAGAUGCUCUCGGAUCCUGACACAUGGAACCAAAUCAUGGAAGCGUACGGUCGCACCAUGAUGCAAGAUCGUAGAAGCGUGCGCAAACUUCGAGCUGCACUUGAUGAACAUGCUUCACCACCACCGAAGCCACUGAAACCCCAAUCAUUGCCUAGACUUUUGCCGGGUGACGAUGAGCGGAAGUUUGAGAGGUUUGUGAGAUCGAUAAGGCAAUGCAACAAUCUAUCAGAAGCGCGCCGGCUCAGGAGUGAAGUGGCCAGCAAAUUGAAACGAGAGGCUUUGAUGGAUUGCCAAGAUCAAAUAUAUCUUCGAAGACUAGAAACGGGGAAGCAAUUGUUAGAUCAACGAGUAGGGAAGCUGAGCGCUGUUGGAAACUCCUCGGAAGCCCGAGUGCAUCACGCUGGCGCAAAAGAUGAAAAGAUCACUGCCGCCGCCUUGACUGGUUCAUUGCGAGAAGUACUCUACAGCGCAGCUGGUCUAUCUUACUUCAUGGAGUUCAUGGAUCGUCGUAAAUGUAUGGUUCUUGUGCAAUUCUGGAUCGUCGUGGAUGGUAUACGAAAUCCAUUAGAGGACGAAUCACAGACAGAAGAUCCCUUUGCCCCUUCGCAAAAACAAUGGAUUGGGUCUGAUCGCAUGGAUCUUGCCCAGAUUAACGAGGCCUACCUGUCAAGAUCAGAACUUCGGAUACCUGACGAGACGAAACGAGCAGUGACUGCUUUCCUUCAAGCAAACUCAAAAGCUACUGGGUCGCAAUUUGUGCAGGCGAGGAGCGCUGUUCUCAAAGCUCAGUCCAAAAUAUAUGCUGAGAUGGAUGAAGCCCACUUCUCUGAGUUCAAACAAUCUGAUUUGUUCUACAAGUAUCUCACGGCGGACGAUAGCGCUUCAAAGGGACCGAUAAAACCUCCGACGCGUGCAAUCAAGGAGCCAUCUGUGCCUUCGAUCCCCGAAUCGCCAAGUCGACCGCCUGUCAACCGACUGACAUCCAAGCUCAGCGGCGUCUCGUCGAAGCUAAGGAGAAAUGCUGCCUCCAGUAGUGACCUCAGUAACGCCGCUAAAGUCUCGGAUGCGGCUUUUGGAACUCGUCGAUCUUUAGACGUGAAUACGUCUGGGCCUCUGUUUGAUGAUGACGUUGACGAUGAGCGCCUUGCUCGCUCUACUCACAGUCUCGACAGCGAAUCAAUCAAUGGAGAUCAGGGCACUGAGAAUCAGGACCAGAUGGUGAACGCUAUGGAGGCCGCCCUUACAGACAUCCUCACGGAUGACAACAACGGCGAGGAUUCUAGGGAGCCGCUAUUUGAGCGAUCAGAGUCGGGGUUCUUAGGUGACAAGUUUUUUAAUGCUCCUCGAAACCCGGCAGAACCCCGGAGCGUUGAGAACUCUGUGCUGAGCGAGAAAGACAGGGAGCGGCCAAACCUGGCAUCUCUGGGCCUAGUGAAUACGUCAUCUCGUAUUGGUGUAUUUACUGAUAACGACCUAUUUGGUGAUGAGGAGAAGUUUCUGGAAGAUGAGCAAACGGAUCCUGAACUAUCUGCUGAAGAGAAGUCGGUUGACGACGGAGUAGAAGAAGCCAAGCCUGGGGACCUAGGACUUGCAGAGGCUAUCACGGCGCUGACGGCAGAUAUAGACCGACUUGCUGCGCAAGAGUCCGUUCUCGAGACAUUGAGCCGCAAAGCAGAACUUACCAACAAUGUUGCUGAGUUGCGCAUUUUAGGCAAGUCAAGGUCUAGUCUGCAGCGCGAGAUCCGCCGCAAGGAAAUGCAAAGGCAGCAGUAUAUUGUACAAGAAAGUGACAACAGUCUCUUUGGUCGCGCAAAUGUCAAAAUCAAGUCGAUUGUAGUUGGUCGAGAGGAUGAUGGCCAGGAGUUCGCUCUAUAUUUGAUUGAAGUGCAGCGACAGGCCGGCGAGAACAUGCCGGCCGCAUCAUGGGCAGUACCGAAGCGUUACAGCGAAUUCCACGAUCUUCACAGGCGGCUUCGGCAGAAAUAUCCAGCCGUUCGUAACAUUGAAUUCCCCCGGAGACGUUUGGUAAUGAAGCUCCAGCAAGAGUUUCUUCGCAAGAGGAAGGCUGCUCUUGAAAUGUAUCUACGGCAGCUACUCCGACUUCCGGCUGUUUGCCGCAGUCGUGAUCUACGGGCGUUUUUGUCUCAAUCUGCCAUUGUCAGCCAGAAGGACUCUACUCAAGAUGGUGAAAGGCAGGACAUUGUAUCGCGUCUUUACAAUUCCGUCGCCGACGGUAUGGAUGAAUUCAUGGGAAAUGUGCCAGUGCUGGACCAGCUUUCUCUCGCCGGGCAGAACCUGAUCUCUGCUGCUACUUCUCAAUUCAACACUAUAACAACCUCUAAUGUCCCCAACCCGAGUACCAAUGCAGCAACAUCCUUGCCUAUCGCUCCUGAAGACCCGAUACAAACCACUGAAGCUCGUGCCGAACUUCUCGCCUUUGAGUCCGAUGUCUCCAAUCCUGCCCGGUCCGAUCAGCUCGAGCCAUUUGUGAAACCGAUCUCUGAUCUAUUUCUCGAGGCUUUCGACUUGCAGAGGGGGAAUAACUGGCUUCGGGGACGAGCAGUGGUUGUUGUUCUGCACCAGCUUCUUGGAGGGACAGUAGAGCGGAAAGUCAGAGAAAUCGCACGCACGCUUUUUGCUGAAACAGCUGUGCUCAAGUAUAUUGAUAUGCUCAAGGCUACAAUAUGGCCUGACGGUCAUUUUCGCAAAGAAAAGCCCGUCAGAUCACCCGCCGAGAAGGGAAGAACGAAGACAGAGAUGAGGGCCAUUUUGACAACACUGCUCCCAGAGCUAGCUGGAAACGUCGUAGGCAAACAAAACGCGCAAGCUGCAAGCAGACGUUUGACGGCAACAAUCAACAAUGAACGAUUGAAUACGCAUUUGGCAUUCGUGAUAUUAGAUGUGCUCGUAGAGGAGUUUUUCCCCCGGCCUGGCGUUCUGCGGAGAUGA